AUGACGUUAAUGGAGCUGCAGAACGGCCUAUGUCAAAGCAUGGAGAAUGAUACGUUAAUGAGAGUGAGCGGAAUUCUGUACCGGAAUCCGGUUAUGGUUUUUGGUGGUCUAAUACAGUUUGACACCAUUCCGAUCACGGAUGAAGCGACUGCAGUGUACGAAGGAAUGAAUAGUGAUAGCGAAGAGGACUUCGAAGCCACUUAUGAAGCCGGCGACAAAGAUGAGGAUGGUGAUGUGGGAGUUGAGGCAGCAGCAGAGAAUGUAGUGGUGCAUCCGUCGAGCAGUCAACCGAUGGGCGUUCCACCUUUUAUGCGUGAGUUGGAUCUCGACGCCAUGCAUGCCCCCGAAUUUCCGAAAUAUGCUAACAUAGGAAUUGCUGAUCCUGAGGACGGAGAGUUCCGAAUUGGAAUGGAAUACAGUUCUAGAAAGUCAGUCGUUGCAGCAAUUAGAAGUUUCACUAUAUCUAGAGGAGUUGACUAUGAUGUGUAUGAGUCUGAGCCACAGACGUUCUAUGCAAAAUGCAAGAUGUACGGGCGUGGAUGUGACUGGCUUAUCCGAGCCAGCUUGAUACGGAAAAAAGGUUGUUGGGAGAUACACAGAUACAACGGUAGGCACAUGUGCACGAUCAGAACGAUUUCACAAGAUCAUUCCAAGUUGGACUCGGAUACAGUUGCUGAGGCUAUAAGGCCAUUGGUCGAGACGGACCCGUCCAUGAAGGUGAAAUCUAUAAUUGCGGAAGUCCAGUCAAGGUUCAACUAUACCAUCAGUUACCGAAAGGCUUGGUUGGCAAAGCAGAAGUCCGUUGCCAAAGUUUUCGACGAUUGGGAGGAAUCUUACCAAGCAUUGCCAUGGUGGCUCUCGGUCAUGGUGGAGAAGAUUCCUAGUUCAGUUGUCCAAAUAGAAACACGACCACUGUACAACAGAAAUGAGGAGGCACAAGGUGUAAAAAUACUUCAUCGUGUAUUUUGGAGUUUCAAUCCAUGCAUUAGGGCUUUCAGGCAUUGCAAGCCCCUGGUUCAGGUUGACGGCACACACCUAUACGAAAAAUACAAAGACCGGCAUGAGUCAAUACGGGCAGCAGUUAAUCGUUCCGGUGGAGACUGGCAACCUCCAAGAGCAUGGUGGAUGUUUUGUAUAAGACACAUCGGUAGUAACUUUUUAAGGGCAUUCAAAGUCCCUCACUUGCAGAAGCUUGUUGUCAACAUAGGGUAUUCAAGAACGGUGGAGGAGUACAACAUCAACUAUAAGAGGUUGGAAGAGCGAGGCGAGGCAUAUGCUAGGUGGUGCGAUGCCAUCGGACUCAGACAUUGGGUAUUGGCAUUCGAUGAGGGACAUCGAUGGGGCCAUAUGACAACAAACCUUGUCGAGUACAUUAACUCAGUGUUGAAGGGUGCCCGUAAUCUACCUGUGUUGGCGCUGGUCCGAGCAACAUAUUAUAGGUUAAAUGAACUCUUUACACGGAAGAGUGCCGAGACUCAUGAACGCAAGCGUGCUGGAUUUACGUACUCUACAUUUGCGCAACAGCGGAUAGAAGCAAGUAUGCAACAGGCUGGGAAUAUAGUUGUGCACCGCUUUGAUAGACGAAAUGAGGUGUUUGAGGUUGAACGAAUACCAUGUCGCCAUGUUAUUGCUUGCUGUGCUAACCAGCGUCUCGAUUGGCAGUUGUAUGUGCAUGAUGUGUACAAGAUGACGGAAGUUCGUAAGGUAUAUAUAUUUGAGUUCACACCGUUAGGAGAUCCCGAGACAUGGUCUGCUUAUGAGGGACCCACAUUGGUGGCUAAUCCCGCGUUGAGGUGA